GGGACACUAUAAAGCGUGCUCGAACAAUUUUACCAGCACCAACCGGUCUUCGACGACGAAGACAGCAACAUGAAAUUAACGGUUGUAUUAGUUGCAUCGCUGGCCGUGGUGGCCCUUGCCACCGAGGAGAAGGGAAAGAGCGCUGCCACAGAAGAAAAGAAGCAGGACAAACGAGGCAUUUACGAUACCGGCUCUUACGGCGGAGGUUACCAGAUCGGUGAUGGUGGGCACGGGGGCUAUGGUGGCAGCAGCCACGGCUUCAGCAGUGGAGACUUCAGCGGUCAUGGUGGUGAAUUCGGAGGCGUCUCCAGCGACUCCUGGAAACCAAUCCAAAGCGACCACGGACACCAUCAUCACGUCAAGACCAUCGAAGUGAUCAAGAAAGUCCCCGUCCCGUACACCGUCGAGAAGCACGUUCCAUACACUGUUGAAAAGAAAGUACCUUAUGAAGUCAAAGUGCCCUAUCCCCAGCCUUACACCGUCGAAAAGAAGGUGCCAGUUACCGUCAAGGAGUACGUCAAAUACCCCGUCUACGUUCCCGAACCUUACACAGUUGAAAAGAAAGUGCCUUAUGAAGUCAAGGUCCCCGUCGACAAGCCUUUCGAAGUCAAAGUAAAAGUGCCAACUCCUUACACUGUUGAAAAGAAAGUGCCCUAUGAAGUUAAAGUACCCUAUCCCCAGCCCUACACCGUUGAAAAGAAAGUUCCCGUCCCCGUGAAAUACGAAGUGAAAGUUCCCCAGCCCUACGAAGUCGUUAAGAAGGUGCCUUAUGAAGUCAAGGUCCCAGUAGACAGGCCUUACCACGUGUACGUCGAGAAGCCUUACCCAGUGUCCGUCGAAAAGCCUUACCCCGUCACAGUACACAAGCCUGUCCCCUACGAAGUUAAGGUUCCAGUCGACAAGCCUUACAAGGUGGAGGUGGAGAAGCCCUACCCAGUUCCAGUCAAGGUGCUCGUGCCCAAACCUUAUGACGUGUACAAGAAGUUCCCCUACACCGUUGAGAAGAAGGUCCCCUAUGAAGUUAAAGUGCCCAUUGACAAGCCAUACCCCGUGUACAAGGAAGUCCCAGUGCCCCUCGUCAAGGAGGUCCCAUACCCCGUCAAAGUCCACGUCCCAGUACAUCUGAAGAAAGAAGAGCACCACGGCUGGCAUUAAACAGCAAUACAAAUUAGGUCUCACACCAGUACCUUAUAGGUUAAGUUCGAAAUGUGAUCAUUUAGUAUUCGUAGUGUGUAUGUAAAUUAGAGAUUUUGAUGCUUCCAGAACGUUCUGGAAGCGUGAAAAGUCUUUGUGAUUGAUUAUAUUUAUCAAACGCAAUUCCCAACUUGAAUGUCGUGUAUAGAAAUCUAAAGAAUGAUCUGUUAUUACUUGUUUAUGCUUUGUUUUAUGUAUUUGCGAAAGAGAUACUUUUGCAAUUACCUUACGUUGAGGCUGAUAUAAUAAAAAAAUUAUAAAUA